GUGAUAGCGAGGGAAGGAGGGGGCCCUAAAACAGUUCGCUGACACUCUCGUUUCAUCACUUAAUAGCUCGACUACCCCGGAGCGGUCCUCAGGACGCAUUUUUGGCGCGUGGAUACAUACUUGGUGUCGCUUACUACCUUUUGAAGUUUUGUCGCGUUUGCGGUGGUUUCGGAGCGAGCACGAGCCAAAUCAACCAAAGAGGAGAAAGAAGUGCGGUUUUCGCCAUGGGAGCACAGACCUCAGCGCAACCAGACGAAAAGAGCCAAGAGGAUGCGUCAGCCGAGGAGCUGAGCGCGGAGGUGAACGCGAUUUCGGAGGGGGAUAGCGUUGUCGACGCCAAGCUCCAGCAGACGAAUGGACAGAUCUCAAUCUCCAGUUUGAUUGGGAAGGUAGAUGAGCAGACAGAGCUCCAUGGCCACUCAGAGGACAACACCCUAACAGAGGAAGUUGAUGGCGUGUCCGUGUCUCAGAAGGAGGAGGUUCCUGAAACAAUGGACUCCCUCCAGGCUGAGGUGCCCCCUCAGGUGAACGGAGAGAAGGAUGAGAAUGAGUCACCUGACACAAACAACAUCACCUCUGCAGAGGAGAAGGAGGUCGAGGAGAAACCAGGCGAGGCCAAUGAGGUGGGCUUCAAAAAGAUCUUUAAGUUCGUUGGCUUCAAGUUCACUGUGAAGAAGGACAAGAAUGAGAAGACGGAGCCGGUGCAGCUGCUGACGGUGAAGGACAAGGACGUGGAGGAAGGAGAGACCAGCGGGUCUGAGGAAACUAAGGAGGAAGCCACCACUGCAGAGGAGGAGGUCAAAUCUGAGAAGGAGAAGGCAACUGAGCCAGAUACCUCCACCAUUGAGGCUGACGCCACUCCAGUGGAUGCCCCAUCUAAGACCGUGGAUGGAGAGGCUGCAGAGGGAGUCAGAGAAGAGGCUGCAGAGGUAGCUGAGGUGGAAGCUACAGAGAAAGAGCCUGAGGACCCAGCUGCAACUAACCCACCUGGCCAGGAGACCACUCAGUCCCCCUUCAGAAGGUUCUUUACACAGGGAAUCUUCUUCAACCUGCGCAAGAAGGCAAGCAUCAAGAAGCCCAAAGAGGAGGAACCAAAAGAGAAAGCUUCCGAGGAGGAGAUAAAGGAGGGAGAGGAAACAGCAGAGGCUGUGGUGGAGGAGGAUGGAGAGAAAGCAAAGGAAGAGGUGGAGGGAGAGGUGAAGGAGGUGGAACCAGUGACAACGCCAGAGGAGGCUAAGCCUGAUUAUUCCACAGAAACUGAGACAGAGGAAGCACCUGUCAAAGAGAUCAAAGAGGAGGUCCAAGCUGAGGUUGCUGUAGAAAUGUCAGAAGCCGGUAUUUCUGACAAUGCCAAACCAGCGGAAGAGAAAGUUGAAGAGGCUGUGGAAGCAGACAAUGCCCCAGUCGAGGUCACCACCGAGGCUGAGCUGCUCUCAUCCCAGGAGAAGGUCAAGGCCCAGGGAAGCCCACUGAAAAAGCUCUUCACUGGGGCCGGCCUGAAGAAGCUCUCUACCAAGAAACAGAAGAAAGACAAGAAAGACGCAGAGGCCAAGCUGACCGAGUCUGGGGAACAGGUGGCUGAACUCCAGACCUCCACAGAUUCAGCAGAGGUCCAGAAACCCGACAGUGGGGCCUCGUCUCCAGAGGAGUCUGGUGAGCAUGCCAUCGGGGUGGAAGCCGCCCAAGCUGAGGCCAGCCAAGAGGCUGAUGGGGAGGUAACCAGCUCAGAUGAAGGGAAGAAGAAAGAAGGUAUCAUGCCCUGGUCCUCCUUCAAGAAGCUGGUGACGCCCAAGAAACGCAUCAAGAGGCCCUCUGAGAGUGAGGACGAGGCAACUGGUGAGAAAGCCAAGUCGGGCACCCUGUCCUCUACUGAGAGUGCCGUGUUUGUGGAGAAAGAGAAGGAGCCGGAACCCACUGAGGAGGACCCAAAAACCGAAACCACUGAAAAGCUGGAGGGCAGCAUCGAGGAGUCCAAAAAGAUGAAGAUGGACACCUCAGUCUCAUGGGAGGCCCUUAUGUGUAUGGGCGGCAAUAAGAAAAGGACCAGGAAGACCUCUGACUCUGAAGAUGAGGAGACCAAAAUCGAAGAGGAGGCGCCACAAGCUGGAGAAGAGCUGGCUAAGACCGCAGAGUCUCCUCUCGGAAGUUCCAGAGAGGCUGAUCAGGAAAACAUGGUGUCGUCCCCCGAACCAUCCACUAGCCCCGCCGCGGGAGAGUCCCCCUGGGAUACUCUCAAGCGCCUCGUCACCCAUAGGAAGAAGCCCAAAGCCGAGGAGAAGACAGAUGAGUCCGGUGCCGAACCAGUUGUCUCAGACAGUGAAAUCUCAAAAGAAGAUUCCUCAUUCUCUCUGAGGAAACUCAUCCCUGGACGUAGAAAGAAGAAGCAGCUUUCCUCCGAUCUGGGAUCUGGCGAGGAAGACUCUGACACACCAGCUGUGGUCCCCCUCUCAGAGUACGACAACGAGCAUGCCAAGACUAAGGAAGAGGCUGAAUUUGAAAUGACAGUGGAGACAGUGGAUGCUAAGGAGGCAGCACCAAUCACUCAGGCUCAAUCCUCCACCGAAGAGAGAUCCCCUUCUUGGAUCUCAGCCACGGCUGUUGUGGAAGACCUCCAGGAGAUUCCACACGAUCAGCUGAGCGACAUCCCAGAAGAGGGUGCUGCCACCCCAAAGUCUGCUGACACCACCCUCGCCGAGGACAUUGUAGAGCAGACUUCAGAGGCAGUCACAUGCCUGGAGCAGGAGCCUGAGCUGUCUGUUGCCGAGGUGACUGCAAAGAUGAUCCCAGCCAUUUCUGGAGAAACCACCCCUAUGCCCUAUGAGCCUGAGCCAGAGUCUCUGGAGGUCCUGCAGGAGGCUGUGGAGCUCGUCAAUGAGCUCCCAAGCCUGACUUCCAUAGAAAUCACAGAGGUCCAACUGGAGAAUGCUGCGUCCAUCCCAGAGCCCACACCGACGAUCGAGUUCACCGAGAGCGAAUCAAAGGUUGUCUUGAUGGUGCAUAAAGAAACUGAGGCCACCGCCAUCUGCACUGGCUUGGGCACCAAGGAGAUUGCCAAGGUGGCGGUGGAGAAGCCUGUGAUUCCCACCGUGGAGUGUCUAGCUGAGAUCAGCGAUGCUCUGUCUGCUGAGCUGCCAGUGGAGGAUAAGGCUGAUCCAACUGAGGCGGCUGAUUCUACUGAAGAGCCAAUGUUUGAGGCUCAAGUGGAGCAAGUUGAAAGCACAUUCCUGGAGACCUCCCUGGAGAAGACUAUUGAAGAUAUCCCAGAGCCUGAGAUAGCCACUGAGGGUAAAGAGCCUGAAGUUGAAAAGCUAGCCGUGAUCAAUGAUAUCCAGACGGAGGCUGAAAUCAUCGAGGCCCCUGUAGUGACUGAGAACACCCCCAGAGUGGAGCUGGUGGACCCCAUCACACCAACUGUCGAAGAAUCCAUUGCCGCUGACAUUGUGGAGAUCUCUGAGGCACCUGUCGUUGAGGUCAAAAGUGAGGAGAUGGAGGUGGAAGAGUCAGCUGCCAUCAAAGACAUCGCUCCUGUAGAGGAGGUGAAUGACCCCGUCGCAAGAGAAAUGGCUACCUCGCUAACUGAUAUCGAUCCGGCCACAGUUACUGAGGUGUGCGAGGCAGCCAUUGCUGUUGUAGCCCCUGCUGAAGAGUUUGUCAUUGUCAAGGAGACUGUGUGCCAAAUCAACCCACCGUCCGUGAAAACCCAGCAAGUGGAGGUCCCGGAGGCCGUGGCGGUGGAAACAGUCUCAGUGGUAGUUGCAGAGCCUGCUGGUGAUUACCAAAUCCAAGUGAAAGUGACUGAGGUUGGUGUCACAGAGGCCGAGGAGACAAAGGAGGCAGAGGCCAUGGAGGAGACGGGCUUGGUCAUUGCUCAGGUGGUCAUCCUGAACGCUGUGGAGAAAGUGUCUGAAGCAGAGGCUGAACCCGAAGCGCCUGCCUGCGUCACUGCCACCAUCACACCCGAAGACGCACUACCAGUCCAGGCAGUAGCAAUGAUAGAGAAAGAGAUUGAACAAAUAGCAGAGGAGAAACCUGUCAUUGCUGAAACUCCUGUUUUCCAAGUUAAAGCACCAGCACCAGAAACUCCAGCAGAGGAGCCUGCGGCUCCAGAGGCACAAGCCGAGGCUGAAAAACCACCAAAGGAAGUUCACGAGGCCUUUCAGGUCAUUGAGACAAUUCCAGUCAUAGUUGAAAUCACAGAGAGUAUCGUGGAAGAGGUUAACAAGGAGGCGGAGGAUGUUGUCAAAGAGGGAGUUGAGGAGAUAAAACAGGAAGUGGAAUUAAAGCAAGCAGUGGAGGUCAACAUAAGUGAGGAGAAAGUUGUAGAGGUUGAAGUUGUAAUAAAGGUGGAACAGACAGAGAGUGAGUCAGGUGGAAAGGCAGAGGAGGAGAUCAAAAAGGUAAAGAGCAACGUAGAGGCAGUAGAGGUUCAGGAAGUUCUACAAGCUGAGGUAAUCAAGCUGGUUCAGGAAGUGAUAGCAGAGGGUCCCGUUCCAGAGGCAGCUGAUGAGAAGUCAGAAGCAGCGGUGGUGACAGAAGAGACCCCAGUACCAGAGGGGCCCACAGAGACCCCGAAAGCCCCAGCCCAGCCAAAGGAGACGACUGCUGAGGUUGUGGGCCCACAUACAGUACAGGUGGUCAAUCAGGCGGCACAGAUCGUUGAAGAGAAGGAAGCAAAGGAAAUCCAGAUGGAGGAGGUGGUGGAAAUUGAUGCCAUUGUAAGCGCACCAGAGACAAAGGAAGCCCUGGCUAAAGAAGUCACGCCAGCCCCUGAAUCCACACCAGACACCCCAGCUGUGACUGACAGCCAUGAGGCCCCUGCUCACAUUGUGGUAGAGGAGGUUGCCGUCGCCAUGGCUGUGAAAGUUGCCAGACCAGCGGAGGCAGGGGCAGAGAAGGCGACACCAGUGAAGCGUGUGGAGGUGAUGGCGCAGGUGAUCGAGGUGAUCGAGGAGGCAGUGAGGGAGAUUGAACCUGUCUCCUCCACAGAGCUCACAGCUACAUCGUGAGCAGCUGUAGAUACAAGAUGGUUGCCUGGGAGACAGACUGUCCUGACCAGGAAGUGAGUGAUAGUGAGAAAGUUAGCGAGAGAGUGAGAGGAUGCACUGUGGAGACACACUGAGACUGAGCUCCACCCCACCCUGCCCAGAGCGACUGAGUGACUGAGUUCCACCCCACCCUACCCUGAGUGACUGAGCUCCACCCCACCCUGCCCAGAGCGACUGAGUGACUGAGUUCCACCCCACCCUGCCCAGAGCGACUGAGUGACUGAGCUCCACCCCACCCUGCCCAGAGCGACUGAGUGACUGAGUUCCACCCCACCCUGCCCUGAGUGACUGAGCUCCACCCCACCCUGCCCAGAGUGACUGAGUGACAGAGCUCCACCCCACCCUGCCCAGAGCGACUGAGUGACUGAGUUCCACCCCACCCUGCCCAGAGUGACUGAGCUCCACCCCACCCCUGCCCAGAGCGACUGAGUGACUGAGUUCCACCCCACCCUGCCCAGAGCGUCUGAGUUCCACCCCACCCUGCCCAGAGCGUCUGAGUUCCACCCCACCCUGCCCAGAGCGACUGAGUUCCACCCCACCCUGCCCAGAGCGACUGAGCUCCACCCCACCCUGCCCAGAGCGACUGAGUGACUGAGCUCCACCCCACCCUGCCCAGAGCGACUGAACUCCACCCCACCCUGCCCAGAGUGACUGAGUUCCACUCCACCCUGCCCAGAGCGACUGAGUGACUGAGCUCCACCCCACCCUGCCCAGAGUGACUGAGCUCCACCCCACCCUGCCCAGAGCGACUGAGUGACUGAGUUCCACCCCACCCUGCCCAGAGUGACUGAGCUCCACUCCACCCUGCCCAGAGUGACUGAGCUCCACCCCACCCCUCUUUCCUUCCCCCAUGCCCCUGUCCUGCAGCACCAGCCUGUCACACAGAGGUGGCAUCCCCACCCCCCUGGCCCUCCAUAGGUGAAGCAUCGAUCUCGCUACACACAUACGAAGCCACAGUCCCGCACCUUUGAAGCUUCCCAUCUGGCUUGUAAUCAAUGUGAUGUACUUUUUCUGUUUUGACAACCUUCUAUCGCCCUUGCUGUGGCUUGGGAGUCUGCUGUCCCGUGUGUGUGUGUGUGUGUGUGUGUGUGUGUGUGUGUGUGUGUGUGUGUGUGUGUGUGUGUGUGUGUGUGUGUGUGUGUGUGUGUGUGUGUGUGUGUGUGUGUGUGUGUGUGUGUGUGUGUGUGUGUGUGUGUGUGUGUGUGUGUGUGUGUGUGUGUGUGUGUGUGUGUGUGUGUGUGUGUGUGUGUGUGUGUGUGUGUGUGUGUGUGUGUGUGUGUGUGGUCUCAAGAGUUGGAGGAUUAUUAUCUUGUAUAUUGUAUUUAUAUCUUAUGCGUAUUCUCUCAUUCCCCCAUCCUUUAUUUUUUUGUAUUGAAUAUGUGACCCAUUUUCUCAAACAUAUGUAAGACUUAGAUUCAAAGAUAAUGUCUGGAUUUUGCAGAAAUUCUAACUAAACCAUGGUACAUAUGUGAUUUCAAUGGCAGUGUCCGAUAUCAUUGAUUGCAUUGCAGACGAUGACUUAAUGUGAAGACAGGGAGUGAGGUGAAAGUCAAUAGGAGUGCAACAAUCUUACAAACGUUAAGCUUUGACAUGUUCUGUCACACUGUACUUCCCUUCACCUUUCAGCCUGACAAUAUAUUUUCAGCUCCUACUGUAGAUAAAACAUACUUCACUGCCUGAAUGACUGUGAAAAAAAGUAUUGUUACUUUCUGAAACAAGUAUGUCUUUGAUUAUCGUGUAAAAAUACAAUAAAACACUAUUAUCUCA